GGCUUGCCCUGGCUGCGAAGAAGAAAUUCCCCUCAUGGUCCACACAAGCGGCCUGGAUUCUGCCCUUUUGGCGCCACACGCUUCUCCAGCAUGUUGUCUUGUUGUCCAUGACCAUCAAUCGUGGCGACCGCAAAUAACGCCCCAGCAAGCAGCUGAAUUGGAUGCGCAGUGAUGUCUGUAAUCCGGUGGCGAGUAGAAGCGACCAUUCUGUGGGUAUCCUGUUGAAUCUGUGGUACCGUCGCUUAGGCGCUGUGUAGGAAACGGAAGGGCUGUCCAACAAACGCCUGGCUUCCUCGCUCCGAAAGUGAAAAAUCUGCUCACAUUUUCUCGCGGGAAACCCUUUGGGUCGGGGUUCUUUCUGCCCUACGACAUACCUCCCACAAGAACGAAAGGACGGGGACUCCAAGGCCAACGAUCGCAACAUGUCACAAAUGAUCGAUCAGAGCCUGAUCGAUCAGCUAAAAGCUCAGAUAGACCAGGAUGCCAAGGCACGCGAGUCUCUGAGCGAGAUCGUCGAGAAGUUGGAGCGCCAGGUAGCUUACAGCCAGGGCGUCAUCUCUCGCGUUCACUCGACCCGGGUGGCCGAGUACCCCACCCGUCUUCUGCCCCAGCUCCAGUCUGCUAUCGACGACUUGGUGGCGACGACCGAAGAACUCUCGAUCGAGGCAUCACAGCACCCCUACUACAAGUACCAGUGGAAGUGGGCUCGCCAUGUCCAGGGCGCUAUCUUCACGGUUGUGCUUUGCGCGUUUCUGGGUGGCCUCGGCACCGACUCCAAGCCGGGUGAGGUUGGAAGGCUCUUGAGCCUGGAAGAGGUCGGGGCUGUAUUUCAGGUGCCCGUGAACCUCCAAGACCGCGAUGCGUUCCACCUCACUAUCGAGGAGUACCUUCUGGCGCUCACGGAUCUGACGACUGAGCUGAGCCGACUGGCGACCAACGCGGUCACACUGGGUGACCUAGACCUGGCUGUUCGCAUCAGCUCCUUCGUGCGCGACCUGCAUGCUGGCUUCCAGCUGCUAAACCUCAAGAACGACAUCCUCCGCAAGCGUGUCGAUGGGGUCAAAUACGACGUCAAGAAGGUCGAGAACGUUGUCUACGAUCUGUCGCUACGAAACCUCAUUCCACCCCGCGAGGCACCACAGUAGAGUGAGGAAAAAUGGAGCCAUGGUAGUGCUGGGGGUCUUCCUCUGUUUGGUGCUUUCGAGCUAGGGAGGCCGAGAUUAUCGCCAUGUCUCUGGACUUAUGGACGGCUACAGUGAUAGACAGCAGUCCGAUAGUAUCUAGCCUGCCCACCACACGUCCUCGAUUUGAUAUGGAGAUAUCUGGGUGUUGCUGAAAGCGCAAGUUGAGACAGCUUUCAAUAAGAACCCUGUGCUGUCUCGUCGGUAGUGCGCGCGGGGAUAUUAUAUGAUCCCACAGCCAGUAGCUAGGGCGGGGCGUUAGGUUGUCACAGACUGGA